AUACACUCAUCAUUCAUUCCCUAUAUAGCUAUAUUUAGCUACAAGGACAACAUUCACAGGGUUCACUUAUGAAGAUUAUUUUAGUAAUGAAAAAAGUGGAAAAAACAAAACGAAAUUACAACUUUAAACGUGUCAUACUCUCGUUGCUUAGCUACCUUCUUUAUAAUGCAAACUACUCUCAAACUCUUUACACUAUCUCUGGAUUGUUUUUGGCUUUCUCUAAAACUUCUAAAGAAACUAACCAAACGAUCUUGAUCUUUACGACCAAAAUGCCACGAUCUGACCUAACCCGUGGAUAUUCCGAUGGAGACAGCUUGGUCGGAGAGAUUGUAAGAGAAGAAGGACACAUUUACUCGUUAGCUGCCACUAAUGAUCUUUUGUACACAGGAUCGGACAAUAAUCACAUUAGGGUUUGGAAAAACCUAAACGAGUUUAGUGGGUUUAAAUCGAACAGUGGUUUGGUUAAAGCUAUAGUGAUUAGCCGAGAGGAGAAAGUGUUCACGGGUCAUCAAGAUGGUAAGAUCCGGGUUUGGAAAACCUCAUCCAAGAACCCGAGAGUGUACACACGCGCCGGGAGCUUACCGGCUUUGAAAGACGUUUUGAAGAGUUCAGUGAAGCCUAGCAACUACGUGGAGGUGAGACGACGUCGUACGGCGUUAUGGAUCAAACAUUCCGACGCCGUUUCGUGUUUAAGCUUAGUUGAAGAUCAAGGGCUGUUGUACUCAGCUUCAUGGGAUCGGACGGUCAAGGUUUGGCGUAUACAUGACUUGAAAUGCAUCGAGUCAAUCAAAGCUCACGACGACGCGGUCAACACAGUCGCGGCCGCGGAGAGCCUUGUGUUCACCGGCUCGGCAGAUGGUACGGUUAAGGUAUGGAAACGUGAGAUCAGAGGGAAGCGUACGGCUCACUCUCUGGUCCAGACUUUGCUAAAGCAAGAAUCAGCGAUCACGGCUUUGGUCGUAAACCACGUGGCUGUUUAUAGCGGUUCAAGCGACGGAGCUGUGAACUUCUGGGAGAUGGGAGAGAAGAGAAUCUUGAAACAUAGUGGUGUUUUCAAGAAACAUAGACUCGCUGUUCUCUGCCUCGCCGCGGCCGGGAAAUUAUUGUUUAGUGGUGCGGCGGAUAAGAAGAUAUGCGUGUGGAGACGAGAAGGAAAGGUUCACACGUGUGUCUCUGUGUUAACCGGACAUACCGGACCGGUUAAGUGUUUGGCGGUGGUGGAACCAACCGGAGGUGAAGAAGACGAAGAAGACGGAGGAGGAGAUGGGAGGUUGGUUGUGUAUAGUGGGAGUCUUGACAAAUCGGUCAAAGUUUGGAGGGUGCCACGUGAAUAAAUGUGGGAUUUUAUUCGGUUUUCUAAGAGAUUUGGUAUUGUGUUUGUAGGUAAAUAAGAACAAAAACCCAAGUCAAAUGAUGAAUUAUGAGGUUCGUAGAGUAGUAUAGGAUUCAUAUGAUAUUGUAUUGUAUUAUUAGUAAUAUUUAAUAUCUCUAUGCUACAUA